CUAAGUUACACAAUAGAGCACAGAUUCAAAUCAUACCCCUGCGUCACUGUUUUUUGUUUUGUUUUGUUUUGUUUCAGCUUCCUAUAAGACUGUUUUCUCUGAUUGACUUCUGGUGGCUUGGCUUCAUUAUGAUGUGUUAAUGUUCACAGAAAUGUUUGUAAUUUCUCUAUGGUAACAACUUUUUAUGCCUUAGGAGUGUCUCUGAGGCAGGAUUCUAAGAGAUUCUCUUUGACUCAAUCCCAGAUAGAGGAUAAAUCUCCUGGCAAAGCCCAGAAUGACCACAGCCCUGGAACCUGAGGACCAAAAAGGACUUCUGAUAAUUAAGGCAGAGGACCAUUACUGGGGACAGGAUUCCAGCUCACAAAAGUGCAGUCCUCACAGGAGGGAACUCUAUAGACAACACUUCAGGAAGCUCUGCUAUCAGGAUGCACCUGGACCCCGUGAAGCUCUUACCCAGCUGUGGGAGCUCUGCCGUCAGUGGCUGAGGCCAGAAUGCCACACCAAGGAGCAGAUUUUAGACCUGCUGGUGCUAGAACAGUUCCUGAGCAUUCUUCCUAAAGACCUGCAAGCAUGGGUGCAUGCACACCAUCCAGAGACUGGAGAGGAGGCAGUGACAGUACUGGAGGAUCUGGAGAGAGAGCUUGAUGAACCUGGAAAGCAGGUCCCAGGCAAUUCAGAAAGACAGGACAUACUCAUGGACAAGUUGGCCCCCUUGGGAAGGCCAUAUGAAUCACUGACUGUCCAGCUCCAUCCCAAAAAGACCCAGCUGGAGCAGGAAGCUGGGAAACCACAAAGGAAUGGCUGUUUGCUUCUCAAACAUAGAAUAGGACCCGUUUGUGUACUGUUUGUUUGUUACAGGUGAUAAAACUAGGACUAAGAAUGAAGAGUUGUUCCAGAAGGAAGAUAUGCCCAAAGACAAGGAAUUCCUUGGGGAGAUAAAUGACAGACUGAACAAAGAUACUCCUCAGCAUCCUAAGUCCAAAGAUAUUAUUGAAAAUGAGGGCAGAUCAGAAUGGCAACAGAGGGAAAGAAGACGAUAUAAAUGUGAUGAAUGUGGGAAAAGUUUCAGUCAUAGCUCAGACCUUAGUAAACACAGGAGAACUCACACGGGAGAGAAGCCCUAUAAAUGUGAUGAGUGUGGAAAAGCCUUCAUUCAGCGCUCACAUCUCAUUGGACAUCAUAGAGUACACACGGGAGUAAAACCCUAUAAAUGUAAAGAAUGUGGGAAAGACUUCAGUGGGCGCACAGGUCUUAUUCAGCAUCAGAGAAUCCACACAGGUGAAAAACCCUAUGAAUGUGAUGAGUGUGGAAGGCCUUUCCGAGUAAGUUCAGCUCUUAUUAGACAUCAAAGAAUUCAUACCGCAAAUAAACUCUACUAAUAUAGUAGUAAUAUCAAAAGUUCUUUAGACACUCAGGCCUAACUAGUUAUCAAAGAAUCUAUUUUAGAAACCUUGAGUUUCCUCAAUGUGGUCAAAGCUUCAGUCAUCAUUAAACUUCUCUGGACCAAAGAAUCUACCUGAGUAAAAUAUCCUUUUAUUUCAAAUUAGUUCAGUUUUGAGGGGGAAUCAAGAAUUCUUUCAGAAAGCCUUGUCCACUGACAACACUGCUCACCUGCAGCCCAAGAUCAAUGGUUCCUGGAUGAAAGACAGUGAAUUAAUUCUGUCUCUGCUCCAGGUCCUUUUUAGUUGACCAUUCAGUGUCUGACUUUAGGCAAGACAAGACAUACACAUUUUUCUCUGCCUUCAUUUCCCCUUCUGUAAAGUACAGAUGAUAAUAGAGGCUUACCAGGUAUGUUUUGACAAGUUAAAACUGAUGAAAACUACUUUUGAGAUUAAGAUAUAAAACAAUGCUAAUUAUUUGUUUUCCAUCAUUACUCAUAUAAUAGCCUCAACAUCCCUUUUUUAUCUUAAAAUGGGGAGUAUGAUUAUUUUUUGGAAAUUUUUGUUUGCCAAUGAUAAAGAAUAAGCCAUCAGAAGACAGGAGGCCAGCCUGGUCAACACAGCGAGACCCCACCUCUACAGAAACUUAAGAAAAAUUAGCUAGGCAUGGUGGCACACACCUGUAGUUCCACCCAACUAUUUAGGAGGCUGAGGUGGGAAGAUCACUUGAACCCAGGAGUUCAAAGCUGUCGUGAGACGUGAUCGCACCACUGCACCCCAGCCUAGGCAACAGCAAGACCUUAUCUCAAAAAGAAGAAAAAAAGGCUGAGGAAAACAAAAUGGAGGAGGAGGCAAUCUGUGAUCAUUAGGAGCUGCUGGGG